CCCGCACCCGCGUUCUCCCCCUCCUCCCCCCCCCCCCCUCCAACACGUCUCCUCUUCUCCCACAGAGGAUGCGGAGGAGCCACCGUGGUCCGGCCUUCUCCCCGCCCGCGCCGCCGUCGCCGCCAACCAUCCUCCCCAUCCCGCCUCAACCAUCCUCACCGUCUCGCCGCCGUCGCCGAAAUCGACGCCCAAGGCAGCGGCGGGCAAGAAGCAAUAGAAGACCACCAAGGCGCCGACGGAGAAGAAGGCAAAGGCGGAGGAGAAGCCGGUGGCGAAGGACGAGGUGUGCGUGGAGUAGCCCGGAGCGAGGAGGAGGACGAGAUGGCUACCUCCGGGGAGCAGCAGAAGGAGUUGGGGCACGCGGCGGCGGUGGCGGCGGCCAAGAGGCGCAUAGCGCAGGCGACCAAGAAGGCCAGGAACGUGGCCGCCGGCGACAAGGAGCCCGAGUUCCUCGGCCAGCCCCCAUCCCUGCCGACGAGGCCCGCGCCAAGUGGCUGCAGCGCUACCAGUGUGGCUCGCCCAAGAGUUCUCUCCCUCUGGCCGUGCUAGACCUCAAUGAAACCUUCUUAACCUACAGGUGCAAGCCACUGUUCAGCAAAUCCAGGGUAUCUUUGACCAUUGCUUAGCUGUUCAUGAUAAGCUAGAGACAUCAUUGCACGAUUUGUCUAGGACCGGAGACGCUAAAUCUUGCAAAGCAGCUCGUAAAGCUGUUGAUGCACAGUUUAAGGAAUUAGCGAAAGAGCUGAAGCUGCUAUUGUUAUCUGUAUAGUCAUCCCCUCAGUCUUAUCAGAUAUGGCCAAAGCUAGAGGGCUUGGUUGCGAAGGAGAGGGAGAUGUAGGAGAAGCUCAUGGCAAGGCAUGCCACCGUGGUUGACAGCUUUGAGAAGAAGCAGCGUGGGCAACAAUCCUGACUAUAUGCUUGAAUAUAAAAUCUACAGUGUCUCAGGCAUGUAAAUCUAGCUCUUUUAGGCUUAUCCUAACCACAGAUUUAUCCUAAUCAUAUGUUUAGAUAAAAUAGUUCAGGUUCAUAUCUAUGCUCAUUUUGAAAUUAAAUAUGGGAUGUGCUUUUUGAAUCUGCAAUAGUUUCAGCCUGUAGGCUUUACUUGUCCUUUGUUAUUUAACAAGUCUUAGACAACGUAUUUCCUUCACUCUUUUUUGCUUUCAUUACAGUACCAAUACCAAUACAAAUACUGAAGGAGCUCAUUCUGACAAUGAUCGUAACAAUACCACCAUAUUUGUUGGAGGCCAUGACUCCAAUGUCAAGUGUUCGCUCCAUAUGGGGAAGUCGUCCAUGUCAAGAUCCCUGUUGGGAAGAGAUGUGGCUAAAUUACUCCUGUCAGUGCAUAUUCAGGCCUUCUGCCGAGCAAGCUCUGCAACUGCUGCAAGGGACCUUUUUUUUGGUGGUCAGAAUAGGAAGGCAGUGAUCUAUUUACUGUGGAGUUCAUAUUUGGAGGAUUUUUCCUUGGCGGUGGAAGCAGCAGGGCAUAUCUGAAUGGCCGCAAGCCAGUUAUGCAAUUGAAUGAAGGUGGGCUGAAGUUGUUGUCGAGGAACAAUGACACAAACAUUAUUAGGGAAGUGGUCAGAGAGGGGUACAAAUAUCUCAUGUUUUACCUGGAUCAUGAGGACAACUAUGGUGGAGGAGGAUGGGAUGAUGCGGUUUCAAACCCUUUUACUCGUCAGAGAGAGGAAAAUAUCGUUGAGCCUAGCUUUGUUGUCCCAGAGGAGAAUAGAAGUGAGGUAAUGUAUACAGGUGAUAGCACUUGUGAAGGAACAAGUAGUGGCAGUAGAAGAAGCAGAAGAGCAGUCGUAGAGGAGGAAGAUGACGAAGGCUCUUGGUCAGAUAGUGAUGACUCUGAUUAUAAUCCGGAAGAGCUUGUGGACAGUGACUAUGACCUGCAGGAUGGGGAUGAGGAUUUGGUGAUGGAUGAGUCACAUGUUGCUGAUGAUGAGAAGAAGGGUAAAAGGAAAGGGAAGCAGGUAGCUGAAGAUGACAAUUCUGAAGAUGAAAAGCUUGAAAUGCCAGAGUCAGAUGACGAGGAAAUGAAGUUUAAGUUCAAUCAUUUCACAGAAGAAGAUUUGCAUGAGCCGAAGUUUCAUGUUGGGCAGGUAUUCUCGUCAAUAGAAUUGAUUAGGAAGGCAAUUAGGGAGUACAGUUGCAAGGAGAGACUUGGCAUAACAUUUGGAAAGAGGAAAGAGGAAGCGGUGGCAAAAAAGCUGGAGAAAGAGGAGAAACGGAAAGCUUUGUUGCAACAAAAACAAUUGGAUGCUGAAGAAAAAAGAAAAGCAGUCGAGGAAAGAAAGCAAAAGGCACAACAGGAAAAAGAAGCAAAAAAAGCCCUGGCAGAUGCCAAAAGCAAGCUAUACAAGCUAAAAAGAAACAGGCCGAGGAAGAAAAAAAUAAGAGAGUUGCAGAGCGAACAAGAAUUGCAGAGCAGAAGAGAAAACAUGUUGAAGAUGCGCAUAGAUAUGAAGAAGCGCAAUUUCUGUUAAUGCAAGAAGAGGAGCAUGAAAGGAUACAACGUAUGAGAGAAUAUCAUCGGCGAGAGGAGGAAGCAAGGCAGCAAGCCUGGGAGGGGCAGGUUGCGUCGCAGAGGUCUUCAGAGAUGCAAGGUUGGGAAGAGAAAAAUAAAGAAGCAGAAGAAAUGAGGAUGAGAAAUGAGAAGGAAAGGCAAGGAAAUGAGAGCAUUACGGGCCAGCAAAAUAAUGCCAAAAGAGGAAAUUCAAGUCAGCCCGUGGGUGGUUUUAACAUGCCAAGAAGGAUAAGCAUGUUCGAUAUAUUUAGGGACUAAGAGAUCAUUGCAUAUGAACUACUGGGAGAUGUUCUUCGCGAACCUGCUGGACUAUGCUAUGUAGGUUUUAUUUUAGUUCAUGCACAUGUUAAUUACAUGGUAUGUUCAUGAAUAGUGAAUUUGUUUAUCUGCUUUAUAAACUCCCUUUGAACUACUCUAUGUUGUCAUAUAUGAGCUUAUUUCUUUGCCCCUGUAA